AUGACAAUAAAUUCAAUAUAUAUUUUAAAUAAAGCGGGAACUCUUAUAUAUCAAAAUGAUUUUGGGAAUACAGAGAAACUAUCACACAAUUCAUAUAUUAGACUAGGUUCAACAUUUCACAGUUUACAUGCAAUUGCGAGUAAUUUAUCACCAGUUAGUGGAUCUAGUUCAGGUAUAGAAGUAAUUGAAACAGAGGCUUUCAAACUUCAAUGUUUUCAAACACAUACAGGUAUUAAAUUUUAUGUUAUAGCAGAUCCAAAUCAUCAACAAUUAGAAGAGCUUUUACAUGGUGUUUAUGAAUUAUAUACAGAUUACGUUUUAAAGAAUCCUUUCUAUGAAAUUGAAAUGCAAAUUAGAUGUGAUUUAUUCGAUUAUAAAUUAAAUAGAUUAUUAGGUGUUCGUGAAUAA